AUGGCCGCAGCUCAAGAAUCCUGGUGGCAGAGGGCGGACUUGACCGUUUCCAAGGUCUUGUUCCAUUUGUUCUUUUGGGGUCUGCAUAUCGGUAUUUUUGCUGUAGGAUGGUACCUGCAGGCAUCAAAUCCAAAGCUGGCCUCGCUGAAUGCUCUUAGCUAUUCAGUCUGGAUAUCGCGAGGCGCAGGUCUCGUCCUUUCAGUCGAUUGCACUUUGAUUCUAUUUCCUAUGUGUCGGAACAUCCUCCGAUGGCUGAGACCACAGAUCAGAUGGCUACCACUAGAUGAGUCGGCGUGGUUCCAUCGACAAAUAGCCUACUCCAUGCUAGUGUUCACAGCUAUCCACACCGCUGCUCACUACGUCAAUUUCUACAACAUCGAAAAAGACCAAAUCCGCCCAGAACUUGCAGUGGCCAUCCAUUUUACUCGCGCAAGUGGUAUCACUGGUCAUGUCAUGCUCUUGUGCAUGAUGCUCAUGUAUACCACCGCACACCACCGCAUCCGCCAGCAAGCAUAUGAAACCUUCUGGUAUGGGCAUCACCUUUUUAUUCCAUUUAUGCUGGCACUCUACACCCACGCCACUGGGUGCUUUGUGCGAGACACCGCCAGCCCGAUCUCCCCUUUCGCAGGACAACAGUUCUGGGAUCAUUGCCUUGGCUAUGAAGGGUGGAGAUGGGAGCUGGUUAUCGGAGCUUUGUAUCUCUUUGAGCGACUUUACAGGGAGAUCCGGUCCCGGCGUGUGACGGUCAUCACAAAAGUCAUCCGUCAUCCUUAUGCUGCCAUGGAAAUCCAGUUCCAUAAACCAAGCAUGAAGUACAAAGCAGGACAAUGGGUAUUCCUCCAAGUACCUGAUGUUUCCAGUACCCAAUGGCAUCCAUUUACCAUUACCUCUUGCCCCUUCGAUCCAUACCUCAGCAUCCACGUCCGUCAAGUCGGAGAUUUCACUCGAGCCCUUGGAGAUGCUCUCGGUUGCGGUCCGGCCCAAGCCAAAGAUCUUGAAGGCCUCGACCCCAACGGCAUGUACGAAGUUGCCCUACAGAACGGACAGACCAUGCCCGCAAUUCGCGUGGAUGGACCAUAUGGAGCACCCGCAGAAGACGUCUUCGAUAACGAAAUCGCCGUCCUCAUCGGCACCGGAAUCGGUGUUACACCCUGGGCAUCUAUUCUCAAGAACAUUUGGCAUCUCCGUUCAAGUCCAAACCCUCCUCGCCGACUCCGACGUGUAGAGUUUAUUUGGGUCUGUAAGGAUACCUCGUCAUUUGAAUGGUUCCAAGCUCUACUAUCCUCCCUCGAAGCCCAAUCCGCCAACGCGGCUGCUAGCGAGGGAAGCACCGAGUUCUUGCGUAUUCACACAUACCUCACACAGCGUCUCGACGCUGACACCGCUGCAAAUAUCUACCUCAAUUCUGUCGGUCAGGCCCUCGACCCUCUCACCGAGCUAAAGAGUCGGACGAACUUCGGUCGUCCGGACUUCAAGCGACUUUUCACUGCUAUGCGUCUUGGCUUGUUGGACCAGUCAUACAUGACGGGUCUGCAGAGUGCUGCUACCACUGAGAUCGGAGUGUAUUUCUGUGGUCCUAAUACUGCUGCUAUGCAGAUUAGCGAUGCGGCCAAAUCUUCAUCAACCAAGGACGUCCGGUUCAAAUUCUGGAAGGAACACUUCUAG